GCUAUCUUCCCCAAGGACCAUGUCCAUGGGCAUCAAGAAUGGCGACCCUGACAGUUCCGUGCUCUACGUGAGCUUCAAUCAGGACGCGACAUGCAUCAGCGUAGGGACGCGCCAGGGCUUCUUCGUGUACAGCUGCGAACCGUUUGGACGGUCGUUCCAGGACGCGGCCGGCGGCAUUGGCCUGGCCGAGAUGCUGUUCAGCUCUAGUCUGAUUGUGCUCGUUGGUGCAGGGGAGCAGCCUGCGUUUUCGCCGCGACGGCUGCGAGUGUGGAACACCAAGACAAGCGCGGCCAUCUGCGACCUCAACUUCGUCACGGCGGUGCUCGGGGUGCAAUUGAAUCGACAGAGACUGGUCGUCGUUCUCGAGAAGAAGAUCUACAUCUUCGACAUCAACUCGAUGCAAGUCCUCAACACACUCGACACGUCGUCGAACCCCAAGGCGCUGUGCGUGUUGUCCCCUGCCGACAAUGGCUACCUCGCCUUCCCUGCCGGUGGCGUCGCCGGCGAGAUCGUCCUCUACGACGCGAUCAACUUGAGCGUUCUCAAUGCCGUGCAGGCGCAUCGAGGGAUGCCUGUGGCGCUUGCAAUGAAUGCGACUGGAACGUUGCUGGCCACGGCAUCCGACACGGGAACGAUUCUGCGUGUGUUUGACGUGCCGAGUGGCACGAAGCGCGCGACGUUUCGCCGGGGCUCGUACCCAGCCACCAUCUACAGCUUAGCUUUCAAUCCAACGUCGACGCUGCUGUGCUGCUCCAGCGACACGGGCACGAUCCACAUUUUUUCGCUCACGGGGGCCGAAAGCGCCGCCACGGGGAGCUACACCCUGUCGCCGAUUCUCGCACCCGUCACUGCCUCGUUGGACGUCCCCGCGACCGCAGCACAAACCGCGCCGAGCGGCUCGAAACCAGCCAAGACGGGAGGUCUGAGGUCGUACUUGCCGUCGUCUGUGUCGCGGAUCGCGGAAGGAGCGCGCGAUUUCGCCUAUGCCCGACUGCGAACACCCAACAUGCCCAACCUGUGCGCGCUGAAAGGUCCGGCGCCUGGCAGCCAUCACGUGCAGGUGCUCGUGGCCACGAUGGAUGGGCUGUUUUACCAAUACUCGUUCGACAUGACGACGGGCGGCGAGUGCGUCCUGGAGCGGGUACGGCGCGGCGGUCGGUCAUAAGUUUCACGACGUCGUGAGAUAUAUAGGAGCACAUGCUGCGGGAUUCCGCGAGCGAAGAAAUACAAGCAAUGUACUUGUCGUAGGCGGCACACACACAGCAGCUCCGUGCUCGCCCCCGAUCAAGUUAGAUUACAAUAUGACGAGUCUCGUUUGGCGGCGCAUGUUUUGUCGGCGCGUUCAUCGCGGUCCACUGCAACAGGAAGCGGCGCGACCCUUUCAAAGGAGGGGGUUGUUGGGCUGCCGUCGGGCAACUCGGCGGGGGUGUCGGGGUUUCGUGGGUCGUACGGCAGCUCGAGAGGAUCGUCGCGCGUCGACGGCGCGGGUCCGAGCACUUCUGGAGCCAGGUCAAGCUUCGGUGAUGCGAAGAGAUCGCCAGCGGCCUCGUCUGGCCUGUCGGACAUUGCGGUAGACGGCGUGGUUGGGUCGGUGGUUGCAGGGACCCCAGUGGACAGAGCGGUGAUGUGGUCAAUUUCUUUCGUGCUGCUGCUUUCAUCGAGCAGCACGGUCGCAACAUCCUCGAGGCCGAGGGCGCGCAGCCCUUUGACGAGUGCAUCGAGUCGCGCUUCCGGGUCGUCGCUGCCCAUAUGAGCCAACUGGUCGUCCGUGAAGCCGAGCAGCUUGAGUUUCAUGUGAUAUUCGUCCACGUCGUCGUGCGUUAGGCUGGCUGGAUCGGCGUCGUGCCGCGCGCUCUCAACCGUCCCGCCGGCCGCGGCGUCGGUGAUCGAAAUGGUCCACACCAGCGCAUCGUUGUUGUCGUCACGUGGCUUUCUCUUUGCCACAAGCUUGAUUCCCCACCCGUCCGCCCCGGCAAUGGCCAUGUCGAAGCGACUGCCACUCACUCGGAGAUGUUGCGCGUCCGUGACGAUGCCCACCUCCAACGAAAUCGGCUCGUGGUUGGCUUCGGCCUCGCGCAGCAUCGCAUCCGCGCCGAACGGUACCAUCACGACCGGGAUGUCCAUGUCGGUCUGUGUCGUGCUGUCUUUUGACGGGCCCAUGAUCAUGAGCCCGCCGCCCUUGUCCAAAGCAUUCACCACGACCGCGGCCGCCGCGCCGGCAUGCAUGGCGUGCCUGGCUUUCUCUUCAAAGUAGCACUCGCCUCGAUGCACCACGACGACCCGGUGAGGCGUCGACUGGAGCGCAGAGCAUCCCUGUUCCGGCGAGCCAUACUUGAGCGGCGCGUUUUGAAUCGACACCGUGACAGCGGCAUCCCUCGUGAGGCCAAACUGCGCCGCGGAGCAACUGAUGGUCGCACCCCGCGCGAGCACAAGUCGACAUCGACGCAUCGCGUGCGUGGCAAAGUCAUAUACGCGGAAUUCCGUGAGCGGCGGCGACGACGUCAUCGCGGCAUGUUGCUCGGACUCGACGACGAUUUGAGGAUCGCCCAAGUUGGUGACUUUGAUCCAUUCGUUGGGGUGGCUCGUCCGGGUUACGCGGAAGCCACUGACGAGCUGCUCGACUUGAAACGAGCCCAGCAACUUGCCGCCAUACAGCGACGACGUCGUGGCCAUGCCGUCGUCCUUGCCACGAGUCGCCGACGGCGCCGUGGAUUUGUUCUUGGUGGACGGUGGUUGACAUCGCGGCCGAGUCUUCUCAAACGCGUCGUCAAAGAACCCUCGGUGGAACCCAAAAUCGCGCCAGAACUCGAGCACGGGACACGUCGGCGGCGUUGCGGGCAUCGUGUGCGGGAUAACGUAGGUUUGUUCAUCGGACGCGCGAAGGAUCGGGUCGACCAGGGCCGGGGGCAGCACCGGGAACGGAUGCGCCUCGGUUGUAAACACGUAGUUGGCCGUCCGUAGAAAGUUGGUGUCGUCGAAGAGCAGGUACAAGUACUUGCAAGUUUCCGAGAGAAAGAAGGACGGCAUCGUGUCGUCCUGCGCCCGGCUCUCGACGUCCGCGAUCGACGCAUACCCGCACGUUGUCUUGGCGUAUCGCUCGAGCGACUGUACAGCGAGCGCGCCCGCCGUGAGCCACGACGGAUC